AUGCUACCUGAAACUGAACCGUGUGAGAAACAACUUGCAAGGGCAAAAUUACGAGAGUCAUUCCUUAGAUCUGUUAUGGAAUUAGAAGGAAAAGUUUGUAAAAUUGUAACAUAUGAAAAAUCAAUGUUGGAAGCUACAUUUUCGGGUUGGAAUCCAGAUGGCUCAGAGAUACUUGUUCAAAAUAUGAAAACACCUGCAAAUUUACAAAUGGAUUCUGCUAUUUUAAGAACACCAGAUAUUCUAUCAAUUACCUUUGUAAAUAGUCUCGAAGAAAGUUAA